UAUAGCUUGUUUCGGGUAGUAAACAAUAUUGAUUUCUGGAAAAUAAUCAAUUAGCUGCUGAUAUCAAGCCUCAGCAUGAAUUAGAAUACACCUGUAGAACUAUUGCCGGUAAAACACACGUCAUUUUAUUGGAAGAUCUUGUAGAAAUGGAGAAAGAGAGAAACUGGACCAAAGAAUUUCCCUUAUCCUCUGGCUUAGAUAAUUAUAAACAUCUGUGUAAUUAAGAGUUUUUUUGCAAACACAUAGGCGUGGUGGGAAAAGAGUUAAAGAACAUGACAAGAGAUGCAAAAAGCACUGCUACAAUCCGUAGACGAAGAGCAAAGAAUAAGAGUGACUUUGAAAGGCUAAAGAAUAGUCGACCCUCUUCACCUACGCCUCUAGAGGAAAUCAAUGAAUUCAAUGAGGAAGAUGAAGGCUAUUUGUUUGAUGAUGAAGUUCUUGGACCUUCUGUGAUCAAGAAGAUUAUGUCGUCGGAGAAAACAUUACUUCUGUCAUUAAUAUCACUAAGACUUGUCAACUCACUUUUCAUACAGACAAGCUUCGUUCCAGAUGAAUACUGGCAGUCACUUGAGGUUUCUCAUAAUAUGGUAUUUGGGUAUGGUUAUUUAACUUGGGAAUGGAAGAAUGGAUUGAGAGGUUACCUGUACCCGUCAGUUUUUGCUGUAUUUUAUAAACUACUGGCUAUUUUUGGACUUGAUAAUAGACUUUUAUUGAUUAAAUUGCCACGACUUAUACAGGGUGUCAUUGCUGCUGUUGGUGACCUAUAUCUUUAUAAGUUCUCCUGGUUGUUAUGUGACCGAGCCACCGCCCAGUGGACCUUGCUAUGUCAGACCAUCAAUUGGUUCAUGUUGUAUUGUUCAACGAGGACACUUACAAAUAGUACGGAGACAGCCCUCAUAUCUGCAGCAUUGUUUUACUUUCCAUGGCCUGGGAAACAAAAUGAUUCUAGUCAAUCAGUACGUAAGUUCCUAAGUCUAGCGGCAUUGUCAGUCAUUGUACGACCAACGGCAGCUGUCAUCUGGUUACUGCUGUGUUCUUGGCAUUUACAGAAUAGUAAAAAUCAGCUGUAUAAAACUCUGAAAAGCUAUGUCAUUGUUGGAUGUUGUUCACUAGCGUUGUCAGCUACUAUAGACAGGAUAUUUUAUGGGAAAUGGACAUGUGUGCAAUACAACUUUCUAGUGUUCAAUGUGUUGAGUGGGGGAGGGGCUUUCUACGGGACACACCCAUGGCACUGGUACCUGUCCCAGGGAUAUCUAGUCAUCAUGGCAACACAUAUAUUUCCAUUCGUUCUUGGAGCUUGGCGAGCAAAGAAUAAAGUCCCAUUGUUUGUUAUAAUAUGGACUGUGAUCAUUUAUAGCUUUCUCUCACACAAGGAAUUCCGGUUUUUGAUGCCAGUGUUACCUUUAUCAUUUCACUACUGUGGUAUUUACUUUCAAUCCCUGUGCAGAAAACCGAAAUUAAAAAAACGGAGGACAAAAAGAGCACAGGCAUCUGUUAAAAAUGAAAACAUGCGAGGUUCUCAGGAAAGUUUAUUCAGUAUUGGAGAUGGGAGCGAAAGUACGGGGACUGAAAUCUCAUCAGAACAGAGUGUAGCUACGACAGAGACAAGUGGAAUAAGUAGCGAUGCUGAUAAUGUGAAAAAUAAAGAAAGCGAAGUUGGCGUGAAUGAUACAGAGGUGGAAAAUAUUGAUCCUAAGAUAGCAGAAGAAGCAAAGCAAAGAGAUUUGUCAACAAACGAAAUCAUAGCGGAAAUGGAGAAAAAACAACGGGAAACACAUAAAAAUAAUUUGUCCAAAGCAAAGAUAUUUGUUAUCAUUUUACUAGUAACUAACAUUCCAGCAGCGAUGUAUUUUAGUCUAAUUCAUCAAAGAGGGACAAUACUUGUUAUGAAGCAUAUACAUGAUGCAAGUUUGGAGAAAAAUGUAGACGUUAUGUUCCUGAUGCCAUGCCAUUCUACUCCAUAUUACAGUUAUAUACAUCGAAACAUCAGCAUGAAAUUUCUAACAUGCGAACCAAACAUCGAGCAUAAAGAGAACUAUAUAGACGAAGCUGAAGUAUUUUUCAAAGACCCAGUAGGGUGGUUAAAAAAGGAGUACGGCAUGUCGUCCCGUCCUUGGCCAACCCAUCUUGUAUAUUUUAGUCCACUACAGAAGCAGCUCGGACUGUAUCUGACACAGAGUGGAUACAAAGAUUGUGCUAGCUUUUUUCAUACACAUCUACCAGAAGGUCGUGUAGGAACGCAUGUUCUAGUCAGUUGCAGAUAGCAAUUACUGUUUGAAGUAAAGAAUGUUUAUAGCAUGUAGAAAUGUCCAGUAAUUUUCAAAAUAUGGAUCUCUCUAUAUAUUGUUGAAAUGCAUAAUUGAGCCGUGCCAUGAGAAAACCAACAUAGUGGGUUUGCGAC